GAAAUUCUCCGUAUGUGCUUCUUCUUUUUGAAAAACAACCAACAAUACACGACACAGUAAUGCUAUAGUAUAUGAUUGCUAUAAAUCCGGCGCGUUUACCGUUCUCUGCCGGCUCGAACCGUACCCGACCCGUCGUCUCAUCUUCUCAAUUAGUACUCUCUUUUUAAGCACUGAAAUCCUCCCUCCCGAUUGACAGUAUAAUUAAUUAAUUAACAUCAAAUUUUAUCUGUAUUAAUUACUUCUACUGCUGCUUAGUGGAAUUAAUUAGAUGAAGGUUUCGUGGAGGGGAAGUGGGAAGAGAACAAGUGGAGGAAUAAUAGAGGAGGUUUAUGUCAGAGUUAUCGCCGGAGUGGCGUUUGGCUUCUUUCUUGGAGUCUCUUAUCGAGCCCUCACGUCUCACCAUUAUAAGCAAAAUGUAUGGAACAGUGGUGUUGUUAACACCGCACCAAAUCAAAACCUUACCAAUUCUUCAAAGAUAUGGGUGACAUCAAACCCAAGAGGAGCAGAGAGAUUACUUCCUCAAAUUGUUGUUUCUAACUCAGAUUUAUAUCUCCGCCGAUUGUGGGGAAAUCCUAUGGAGGACCUAAUUGAAAAGAAACCCAAGUAUCUGGCAGCAUUUGCAGUUGGUUAUAACCAGAAGAAUAUGGUCGACGCUGCCGUUAAAAAGGAGUACGUUUAUCACACGCUCAUCAAUAUACCUGUUAGAUCUUGAUGAAUCUAUACAUCAUGGAUUGAUGAAGAGGUUUGAUCGAUUAGUGAUGAGCUUUAUUGAUUGAUGUCCGAUCUUCGAAUUCGGUUACCGACUAAAUCGAGAAUAAAUGUCUAGGUUUUCAGAUAAUUUUACAAUCCUUCUAUUUCACUAUGAUGGCCUGACGUCAGAGUGGGAUGAGUUUGAGUGGUCAAAGAAGGCCAUUCAUGUGAGUGCUUCUCAACAGACCAAAUGGUGGUUUGCGAAAAGAUUUAUGCACCCGGACAUUGUUGCACCAUACGAAUACAUAUUCCUUUGGGACGAAGAUUUUGGGGUGGCCCAUUUUGACGCCGAAGAGUACAUUAAACUUGUAAAGAAAUACGGAUUGGAAAU